AUGCGAUUCUAUGGCUCAAUACCUAUGAAAACGCAAAGUUCAGGCACAUCAAAAAAAGUUACGAUAACAACUCUUCAAAGUCUUUAUAAAAAUAAUGAUCCUAUAACAGUAUUAACGGCUCAUGAUUAUCCAAGCGGUUUAUUUAUUGAAAAAACGGGAAUUGAAAUUUGUUUGGUUGGUGAUUCCUUAGGAAUAGUCGCCCUGGGACGUCCAAGUGUUAAUCAAACAACCAUAGAGGAAAUGCUUCAUCAUUGUAGGGCAGUAUCAAGAGGUGUCAAAACUCCAUUUCUAGUUGAAGGAAAUAUGGAGGUGAUAAGAUUAGAAGAUGGAUCUGAAAUGGCGAAAACUAUUCAACAAAUCACAAGUAUAGGAAUCCCUAUUUUAGGUCAUAUAGGUUUAACUCCACAACGUCAAUCCUCGUUAGGUG